AUGAAGCCCCUUCUCAUCCUCCUUCCUCUCCUUGCUUACACCUCCUUCUCCACCGCUGAAAAAGUGUGUGCCAGCGGAUUCAAAAUGGUCAACAAUAGGUGUCUAGCUCUGGUCAGACAGUACAAAAGUUAUUCGAAUGCGGAGAAAGUUUGUCGAUUCAAUGGUGGCGCUGUGAUGGGUUUGGCAAAAAAUGCUGUUGACAACCGCGCGCUCGUCCAAUUCCUCCAAGACGCCGGUGUCUCCACAGCGUGGCUAGGCUUAAUGUGCGGGGGAGGUAAAUGUCAGUGGGACGACGUUGAUAUGCUUGGCGGCUAUAAUAAUUUCAACGGAGGAAUCCCCAGUGGCGACGUAUGUGUUCAGUUGAAUGUUGGCUCCGGAAAAUGGCAGAGCGAGUCGUGUGACAAGACACUUCCAUUUGUUUGUGAGCUUCAGGAGACUCAAAAAGAUUGCCACUCGAACUGUGACUACAACUACCAGAACCACUGUUAUACUCUUGUCAAACAGCAAAAGAAUUUCCAAGACGCUGAAAAUCACUGCAAAUCAAUAAACGCCCAUAUGACCUCCAUCCAUAGUUUCCUCGAAUAUCGUUUCGUUGCUCAGCUCUAUGCAGAUUGGGGACUGUAUUGGCUCGGAGGCACUCUGACUUCAGCCAACGCGAAGAUCAAAUGGUUGGAUGGGUCGAGUGACGACUUUGAGACGACAAAAUACCAUAAAGACGGGAACUGUCUGCAGUACAGAGUUGAUAGCAUUGGUAUUGGACACGACUGGUUUGCGGAGAACUGUGGGGAUGAGUCGAUCUUCAUUUGUAAGCGUCCCGCGUCUUGUUGA